GACCAUGAAGAAUGUCAAACAAAGAGAGAGUCGCUGGCUUGCUUGUCAUUGUGGGGGAAUAGAGGGUUUUCCCAGCCACAUUAAAUUCCCCUAUCAAAGCCAGCAGUCAGCCGGUGUGGGAACAACUGCCCUUACCUGCUCUACCUGACAAAGGAGAAGGACCUGGUGGCUGUGCUAAGUAGCAGGGAUGUUUGACACACUGUAUGAGUUGUUCUGGUGGGACAGAAUCUGGCUGCCAGUGAAUCUGACGUGGGAUGACCUGGUAGACAAGGAGGGCCGGGUCUACGCCAAAGCCUCUGAUCUUUAUGUCACUGUCCCCUAUGCCUUUGUCUUCUUACUCCUCAGAUACCUGUUUGAAAAUUGGGUAGCAGCACCACUUGCUGUCUCCGUUGGGAUCAGGCAGAGAGUCCAUCUGAAAGCACAGGACAACCCCAUCCUGGAACUCUACUACACCAGUCAGUGUAGACAUCCUGCUCAGGCAGCCUUUGAUGGGCUGUCUAAGAAAAGCUGUUUGUCAGUGAGACAAGUGGAGCGCUGGUUCAGAAGAAGGCGUAAUCAGGACCAUCCGGGAGUCCUGAAGAAGUUCAGAGAAGUCUGUUGGAGGUUUGUCUUCUACCUGUUGGCAUUCAUAGGAGGAAUAGCAGCCCUGUAUGAUAAAGAAUGGUUUUAUGACACUCGGGAAGUGUGGACAGGCUUUCCAAAGCAGUCCAUGCUGGAGUCUCAAUACUGGUAUUAUAUCCUGGAGAUGAGCUUCUAUGCCUCUCUUCUCUUUAGCAUAACCUUUGAUGUCAAGAGAAAGGACUUUAAAGAGCAAAUUAUCCACCACUUGGCCACUCUGGUGCUCUUAUCUUUUUCCUGGUGUGUCAACUACAUUCGUAUCGGAACCCUGGUCAUGCUUGUCCAUGAUGCAUCUGAUGUUUUACUGGAGUCCGCCAAAUUAUUCAACUAUGCCAAAUGGGAGAAAACAUGUCAAAGCCUUUUUGUUGUGUUUGCCAUAGUGUUUAUGGUAACACGCCUCAUCAUCUUUCCAUUUUGGCUAAUCCACUGUACCUGGGUUUACCCCCUUCACCACUACCCCGCCUUCUUCGGGUACUACUUCUUCAACGUGUUGCUGGUGGUCCUCCUCUGUCUGCACAUAUUCUGGGCCUACCUUAUUCUCCGCAUGAUCAGGAAGUUUAUGUUUGGAACGAUGACCGGAGAUGAGAGAAGUGAGAAUGAAGAGGAGGAGGAGGACGGAGAGAGCAGUCAAACAGAGGACGAAGGUGUAGGACAGCAGAAGCUGGGCAAUGGACAUGCAGUUGAUGAGAAGGAGGACAAGAGUGGCUGCUUCGGGUGCUUGUCUCCCCCAGAGGACAUCUGUCGCUCAAAGACUGUGUACUGACUCAUGCUUAGUAUGAUCAGUAGACCUGAAAAUGUGAGGAACCAAACAAUGUUGAAUGAGUUUAUCCUCUAAAGACUGAAAAAUAAACAAAACAUGUGACCUUUUCCCUUUAGAGGCUGAAAAACAACCUAAAUCAAUUAAGCCAUGCUGUGCUAACAGACCUGAGAACUGUGCACACAUAAGGGGAGAGGAACUUUGAGAUGUUUUGGUUGUCUGGUCCUUUCCAGUGUUGUCAGGCAGCGUCAACAUAAUUUUUCAUACAAUAAACCCUAAAGACACAGUAUGAUUAGCCACAUCAAAACUUGUCAUUUCAGCACAUAGAUUGCUGGCUGGUACAACAGUCACCAUGUGAGCACACCAUAUACUAUGAUAAUGCUGUAAGACUUAUAGAUUUUCACACGCCUUACAUUGGUUUUGUUAUUUCCCGAUGGAAAUUCCAAUAAAUUACCUUUUGGGCAUAGGGAGGUUAAGUAUGCAUUUUUAGUGCCUGUUGGUCCAGGAUGUGUUCAGUCAGGAUUAUCUGACUGGAACAAGGAAAUAUUUCAGGUGCUUAAAAGGAAACAGUUCAUCGUAUUUUCAGAUUUCUGAAACUACCAUACACUAACCCUAACCCAUACACAUAUUAUGUACCUGUGUACAUAAUAUGUACACAUAAUAUGUGUACAUAAUAUGUACACAGGGUACACAGACAUGGAUGUAAAGACAUACUUACUUUGUGUUCUGUGCAAAAUAAUUUCCUUUUGAGUUGUCAUACAGUCUAACAGGUCCGUCUUGGCUGGUUGAUUGGCAUAGUUUAGUAGCCACUGUAUCACUAUAUGAGUUUUUACUUUCAUAAAUGGUGAGCCAAAGUGAAACCAAAACUUCUAGGUUCUGUCGCAUGACAAGGAAAUCCUUAUUUAAAAUCCGACUGAUAUCUGUGGCAACACUAAUAACAAUCCAGCCUUAGAAAAGAGGCCUUCUCUACAGUAUGUAGUAGGGCUUGCAUUCAAGUUUUUUUUUUUUUUUAAAUCAAACUAAUUUGUUUAUUUGAUGUGACUGUUUAAUGCGUUUUUAAUGUGAUAUAUAUACUUGUAAAAAAAUUUCUCUAUCAACUAAUCAACAAAUAAACUCAACUGUGACGAAUCACCA